AUGUUACUAUUACUUAAUCUUAUAUUUUCAUCAUUUAUUUCUUCACUUUAUUCAUUCAAUUAUCAGACUGUUGAACAUUGGAGAUAUUUAAGACAAGAACAAUCAAUCGAUAAUCCAUCAAGACUAUCAUCUUAUUUUGGUUAUUCAUUAGCUGUUCAUCGAUCUAGUUUAUUGAUUGGUGCACCUCGUGAUCAUUCUCCACAUGAUAUAGUGACUAGACGAGGUACUGUAUGGAAAUGCGAAUUUCGAUUACAUGAUCAUUGUCAACGUGUACCAUUUCGUCGUGAUGGUGAAGCUAAUGUUCGUGUUGGUACGUCAUUUGAUAAUAAAACAGAUCAAUGGUUAGGUGCUUCAUUAGCAGCUAACUAUGAUCAUAUUAUUGCUGGUGCACCAUUUCUUAAACAUCGUAUUAAUGAUGGACAUAGUAUUGAAUAUGAAAUACCUGGUGGUGCACGUAUUGGUAAAUAUGGUACAUCAUUAUCAAUGAUUGAUAAUACACAAAUAUAUUCUCCAUCAUUCCUUAAUUGGUAUUCUCGAAAUUAUAAUCAAGAAGGUUAUGGUGAAUUUGGUUUUCAAGUAGCAUUAAGUAAAAGACCUGAACGUAUAAUCAUAACUGCACCAGGAUCCUUCUAUUUUCGAGGAGGAAUACAUUCAAUUCCAAUACUUAAUUAUAAUUGGAUUGAUACACGACAUCCAUUUACAGCACCACAUUAUCCAUGGCAUGAUGUUGGCUGGCUUCGAUAUCCAUCAAAUUAUUCAUCAAAUGAAUAUGAUGACUGGUGUUAUAGAGGUUAUGCUUUAGCUAUAGGAAAUUUCAAUAAUGAUGAUAAUCAAGAAAUUGUUGUUAGUAUACCAAAAUUAGAUAAUUAUCGCGGAGCAGUUGAAAUAAUGAAUAGUAAUCUUGAUGAAUAUUCAAUUCGAACCAUAAAUGGAAUACAAAUGGGAGAAUAUUUUGGUGCAUCAUUAUGUGUUAUUGAUAUUGAUAAUGAUGGACUUGAUGAUUUAUUAAUUGGUGCACCAUUAUAUACAGUUAAAAAGGAUGGUCGAAUUUUAGCAGAUGCUGGUCGAGUUGAUGUAUUUUAUCAAACAUUCGAGCAUAAACUCAUACGAAAACAAACCAUUGAAGGAACACGCGAAGGAGGACGAUUAGGACAUGCAUUAGCAAAUUUAGGUGAUAUUGAUAAAGAUGGUUAUAAUGCGAUUUCAAGUCCAUUUAUUAAUUAUGGUUCAUCGAGUAUGGUUCAUAUUUAUCGCGGUUCAAAACAUGGCUUAAUUUUAAAACCAUCACAAAUUUUACAAACUCCAACUUUAAAUGGAUUUGGUUGGACAUUACAAGGUCUAUUCGAUUAUGAUAAUAAUGGUUAUUUAGACUUAGCCGUAAGCAGUAUACGAACGGAAACUGUAGCUGUUAUUCUUUCACGUCCGGUGGUACGUGUUGAAACAAGAUUACAACAUAGUUCACCAACAAUUCCAUUAAAUUGCACAUUACUUAGUAAUGAUAAAUGUUUUAUUUUAACAUUAUGUAUUUAUCUAAAUGAUGAGAAUUAUCAACAUUCAAAACGCGAUUUUUUAACUUAUGAAUUACAACUUGAUUAUGAGAAAAAUCCAAUUGAUCAACGUUUAUUCUUUCGAGAAACAUAUAGAUCAAUUAAAAAAAGACAUUUUAAAAUAUCGGAUCGAAUUUGUCAUGAUUAUUCAUUAUAUAUGAAAGAUGAUGUUCACGAUAAAUUAAGUCCAAUUCGUCUAUAUGUAAAUUAUGUACUGUCAUCAAAGUCAGAUCCAAACAUUGUCCCACCAAUACUUGAUCCUGAGAAUUCGACAUUCAAUUAUAACAUUCCGAUUCAGAAAGAUUGUGGUUAUGAUGAUAUUUGUAUACCAAAUCUUCAUUUAUACACAUCAAAAUGGCCAGAUAAUUAUAAAGUUGGUUUAACGAAACAAAUUUUACUCAAUAUUAAUGUCACCAAUACAGGUGAAAAUGCAUAUGAUACUCAAUGUUUAAUACAACUACCUGUCGGUGUUGAAUAUGUCAGUUCAAAUUCAAGUUCAAGAUUUAAUCUUUAUUGUAAUCUAAUGAAACAAUCUGAUCGUAUAAUUGUUUGUCAUCUUGGAAAUCCUUUUUUAUCAAAUGAAAAAAUAUCAUUACAAAUUCAUACAGCUGUUAAUAAUUACUCAGCAAUACAAGUAGAUCCAUUAGUUGACAAUCCAGAUUCAAAAAAACUAACCACAGAAAUCAUUAUACCAGUUUCAAGUGUACCAGAAUUACUCUUAAUCGGUGUUGCUAAACCAGAACAAAUAUCAACCGAUACAUCAGAUAAUAAUUUAAUUAAACAUACAUCUCAUAUAAAAACACAUAAUCUUGAAAUAAUACAUACUUAUACAAUACAUAAUAAAGGACCAAGUGAUGCUAAACUUACAGAAAUUAAGCUUAUGUGGCCUAUAUUACCAUUAUCAGCAUUUAAUCAACAAAUACCAUUAUUACAUGAAAUUGAUCUUCCAUCUAUUAUUCGACUAUCAGAUCGAAAAAAUAAUAAUGAUCGAUGUCAUAUUUAUCAAUCGACCAUGAAUCAUAUGUCUGAUAUAGAAAAUCAUAAUAUUUAUCGUCCAUUUCUUGAUAAAAUUCGUUCAACAGUAUCAAAUAAUCUUGUUCUUUCUGAUUCAUCUUCUAUUGAUCAUUUUCAAGAAUCAUCUCAAUCAAUUCAUUGUCAUGGACCAUUAUGUCAAAGUUUUAUUUGUUAUAUUGAUACAUUACCUAUUGGUCAUAGUGUUUUAAUACAAUUAAAAGCUAUUUUGCGAUUUCAUCAUUUUCAAUCAAAAUUUGAUCGUUCAAAACCAUUUCUUAUUGUAUCAAAUGCAAGUGCACAAGUUCGAGAAAUUCCAUUAAAAUUUUUUCAAAAUAAAUCUUUUCAACAUCCAAUCGUUUAUUUAAAGGUAUAG